AUGACUUGCCAGACUUACAACUUGUUUGUUCUGUCUGUCAUUAUGAUCUAUUAUGGACAUACUGCAAGUAGUCUAAAUCUUGUUCAACUUCAAGAUGAUAUAGACAAACUGAAAGCUGACUUUAACUCAAGUCAUUCAGAUGUAGCUGACGGUGGACCUAUUAUUGUAGAGAAACUGAGGAACUGGACAGAGAGAAAUGAAAAAAGGAUCAUACUGAGCCAGAUCGUUUCAAUGUACUUGGAAAUGCUUGAAAACACUGACAUGUCAAAGCCGCACAUUAAACACAUAUCUGAGGAGCUCUAUACUCUGAAAAACAACCUUCCUGAUGGCGUGAAGAAGGUGAAAGAUAUCAUGGACCUGGCAAAGCUUCAGAUGAAUGACUUGAGAAUCCAGCGCAAGGCUGCAAAUGAGCUGUUCAGCGUCCUACAGAAGCUGGUGGAUCCUCCGAGUUCCAAAAGGAAAAGGAGCCAGUCUCAGAGGAGAUGCAAUUGCUAA